AGGCCAGCAUGCGCGCUGGCGCCGCCCCCGGACAGUCCGACUCCAGCUUCAGCCUGCUCAUCACGCUCUGGCGCGCCAUGCCGCCCCUCCUCCAGUAGCCGCACCGCCGCGCUCCACGCUCAGCGCGCGGCCGCGGGUGCUGCCCGCCAUGGAGCCCAAGAGCAGGUCGGCGGUGUCUGGGGAGGAGGACGGGCGCGAGACGUGGGGCAAGAAGGUCGACUUCCUGCUCUCCGUCAUCGGGUUCGCCGUCGACCUCGCCAACGUCUGGCGCUUCCCCUACCUCUGCUACAAGAACGGCGGCGGUGCUUUCCUGGUACCGUACUGCGUGAUGCUGUUCGUGGGCGGCAUCCCGCUGUUCUACAUGGAGCUGGCGCUGGGGCAGUUCCACCGCAAGGGCGCCAUCACCUGCUGGGGGCGCAUCGUGCCGCUGCUCAAAGGUAUAGGAUACGCAGUGGUGCUGAUCGCCUUCUACGUAGACUUCUACUACAACGUCAUCAUCGCUUGGGCCCUACGCUAUUUCUUCGCCUCCUUCACCAGCCUGCUGCCGUGGACCACUUGUGACAAUGCCUGGAACACUCCCUACUGCCGACCACUGGACCUGAACGCGCUGCCCGAGCACAACUCCAGCCACGCCCUGCCUUUCCGAGAGGACGCCGCAGACUCCAGCAACGGCAGCGCGGCCAUCACCGGCAUUAGGUACACCUCCGCCGCAUCUGAGUACUUCAAUCGCGCCAUUUUGGAAUUGCACGAGAGCGGAGGGUUGCACGACCUGGGACAGAUCAAGUGGGACAUCGCGCUCUGCUUGCUCGCUGUGUACUUCAUCUGCUACCUGAGUCUCUGGAAGGGCAUCUCCACGUCAGGCAAGGUGGUGUGGUUCACAGCGCUGUUCCCGUACGCCGUGCUGCUGAUCCUGCUAGUGCGAGGCGUGACGCUGCCAGGGUCAGCCGAGGGCAUCCGCUACUACCUCAGCCCCAACUUCGCAGCUAUCAGAAGCGCCGAGGUGUGGGUUGAUGCCGCUACACAAGUGUUUUUCUCUCUCGGUCCUGGUUUUGGUGUCCUUCUGGCUUAUGCAUCAUACAACAAGUACCACAACAAUGUGUACAAGGAUGCUCUGCUCACCAGUCUGAUCAACUCGUGCACAAGCUUCAUAGCAGGUUUUGUUAUCUUCUCAGUCCUAGGAUAUAUGGCUCACGCAUCAGGACGCCCCAUACAGGACGUAGCCACUGAAGGUCCUGGUCUUGUAUUCAUCGUGUACCCAGCUGCCAUCGCCACUAUGCCAGGAUCGAUCUUCUGGGCCCUGAUUUUUUUCAUGAUGUUGCUCACAUUGGGUCUCGAUAGUUCGUUUGGAGGCUCUGAAGCAAUAAUUACUGCACUGAGUGAUGAAUUUCCCCUGAUUGGGAACCACAGAGCAAUUUUUGUAGCCUGCUUGUUCACUUUAUAUUUUAUUGUUGGACUGGCUUCCUGUUCACAGGGAGGAUUUUACUUCUUCCAUCUACUUGAUCGUUAUGCUGCUGGUUAUUCGAUGUUGUUUGCUGUAUUAUUUGAAUCAAUUGCAGUCUCAUGGAUAUAUGGAACACAGAGGUUUUGUGAUGACAUUCGAGAUAUGAUUGGUUUCUCACCAGGACAUUAUUGGAGGAUAUGUUGGAGGUUUAUGGCUCCAGUUUUUCUAAUGUUCAUCAUUGUUUAUGGACUUAUAGACUAUGAACCUCUGACUUAUGAUGACUAUGUGUAUCCAACAUGGGCAAAUGUAUUAGGUUGGAUCAUUGCUGGCUCUAGCAUUUCCAUGAUUCCUGGAAUGGCUGUCUACAAAAUUAUUACUACACCAGGUACCUUUCUCCAGAGACUGAAAUUCCUGACAACUCCAUGGCGAGAUCAGCAGAGGAUGGCAGUCAAUGGCAUACAGAGUGAUCCUACACAAGUAAGGCUCACAUCAAGCCCUGUUGCUGAAAAUGUCUAAGUAAGUAGAGCAGUUUCAUACAAUAUAGAAAAAAUUGCCACUAAUCAUAGUUUAUACAUAAUGUACAUUAAAAUGGCUUCUUAAAUAUUUAUCACUGAAUUUAUGUGAUGUUGCUACAGUCUUAAAUACUGAAAUUGCUCCAACAUGACCAUUAAAGUAGACCCUAGUUUACAGGUUAUACGUAUAAUGUCCAUGAUCUAUAAAAGAUACUGAUUAUUUCCAGUAGUGUCAUAAGCAAACAACACAAAACUGACCAAUAUCUUUGGAAGUUAUAUGAAAAAACUGUAUUUCACUUUCACUGCAUUCAUGUAAAUGUUACAACCCUCAACUAAAACUCAUUUAACAUGCUCUAAUGCACUUUUACAUCUAAAAUCUGUGAUCUGUCAGCUUUGAAUACUUCUGUUACUGGCUUCCAGUCGUUUGCAUA